AUGCCUUACCUGGAGGGGAACGAGGCAGUAAUAGACAUCCAAGGACGACGGAUAUUAGUGGACGAAAAAUGGCAUAAUCUAGUUAGGGUCAACGGGGCCGUGGACAGGAUACAGGUACGGAUGGUGGAUCCGGUAUUGGAGGAAGCCCUGCGGAAGUGUGACGUCAACGAAAUCGACAAGUCGGAGUUGAGGAAGGUCCUCACGAAGUUCGAGGACUUGUGGAAAGGAGACGAGAUAGGGCGGACAACGGUGAUAGAGCACCGGUGCGACCCCUCGAUCCGGUGCUCUAUCGCCGUUGCCGAUUGCGUGCCGCACCCGCAGGUCUACGGAUCAGCAAAAGGCGGUUAUAGAGAAGGAGGUAGCGGAUAUGAUCCAGAAGGGAGUGGUCUGACCAAGCUUCAGUCCGUACGGGUCGGGGGUUGUGCUAGUGAAGAAGAAGACUGGCGAGUGGCGGUUCUGUGUGGAUUAGCGGCCGUUGAACGAGGUGACAGUACGGGACGAGUACCGAGGAUAGAUGACUUGUUGCGCGCGGUGAGAGGUUCGCGGUGGUUCAUCGCAAUGGACCUGCGAGUCGGGUACUGGCAAGUAGCCAUGAGGGCAGAGGACAUUCCGAAGACGGAAUUUAGGACACCCUCAGGACUAUACGAGUUUGUCGUGAUGCCGUUCGGCCUAGUGAACGCUCCGGCGACGUUCCAAAGGAUGGUGGAGAGCCUCUUCGGGGACCUCUACUGGAACGGGGUACUCGUGUACCUGGAUGACAUCCUAAUCCACGCAGCGACCCUAGAGGAAGUAUUUGUGAAGUUGGAAGAGGUGCUGAAGAGACUCCGAGCAAGUGGUCUGAAGCUCCGGUUCGUUCUUACCGGAACAGGUUGA